UGGGUCCUAUUGGACCACCUUGUAAAAAUAUCUAGUGUCUAUCUUUGCCAAAGAUAAGCUUCCCUAACAGAAGAGUACACUACUCCAAUUUCUAUUGCCUUUGAUGUGAUCAUAUUGAAUCUUCUCCUACACAAAGGGACCAAAUUAAAAGCAUUACAAGUUAACAUAAAGGUCCACUCCCCCCACCCCAAAUGGAGUAGCCUUGUAACACUAGAAUUCCACACUAAAGUCCAAUGAGAAACUUCUCUUCCCUUGAUCAAAACCCCCAUCAAAUUCCCUAAAAGUUCUUAAUAUAUGAUCAAAUAGUAUCUCAUAUUUUUAAUCAAAAGAGAAAAAUAAUGGAUCUUGAAGAGUGGGAUCUUCUCUCUGAUGAAGGGUUUAUUGAUCUCCAUGAAAAAAAUAGUGGGGCAAACAAAUUUUGCCCAAAAUCAACUACAAGUGUAAUUGACAUGAAUUAUUUUGAGAAAUUGAGUGAGCCGGAGAAGAAGAAGAUGAAGAAUUCAAGGGUUAUUCCUGUUCCAAUUCAGUUGGAUCAAUCAAUUGGGGAAAUCCCAGAAGAAGUAAUCAAGUUACCAAUUGAUGAUGAUCAAACACCAAAAUCUGAUGAAGCUGAUUUUGUGGAACCAGCUUCAAAAGUUUUCUUCAAGAAAUUGAAGGAAAAUGAAUUUGUCGACAUGAAAAUGGACUCACCCAAGUCAUUAAACAGGGGAAUUUUGGCUCAAAUUGAUGUGGGUAGUUACCAAUUUGAGAAAGUUGAAGAAAAAAAAGAGGGGGAUAAAGAUGAAGAUGAUAAAAAGAGUAAUGAAGAAGGUUUGAAAGUUUGGAAAUGGGCGAUGACUGGAAUUGGUGCUCUUUUCUCAUUUGGUUUUGCUGCUGCUACUAUUUCUUUUGUUGUUUUAGGUAACCGACACAAGGAAAGAUGCAACUCUUCCAACAAUCAGGAGCUUCACUUCCAGCUUUACGCUCAUGACAAGAGAUUGAAGCAAGUGGUUCGGCAUGCCACAAAGCUAAAUGAAGCCCUGAGUGUAAUGAGAGGUGCACCGGUGACUCGAGCGCACAUUACGAUUGGGGGUUACCAUGAAGGUCUUUAAAGAGGUUCUUCUUAUAGUUAUAAUGUCUGUUACUGGAAUCAGACGUACAGUAUACUAUAGUAAUAUAGUAUAGCAUAAACGUACUUUUACUACGAGUAAUAUUUUUCAAUUUCUUAGUUAUCUUUGAGCUUGAUCAACUUAUAUUCCAUAUGAACAUCUUGCUGCCUGUUUGUACAUAGAUUCCAAAUCCGUUUGUACUUCUCUUUAUGAGAUUCCUUAUCAAGUAUACACAUAUGUUUAAAACUCAA